GGACAGCCCGGGGGCCGGCACGGGCAGCCGAUAAAUGGGCCGGCAGGGAGCCGGCGCCGCCAGAGCCGAGCAUGGGAGCGCCUUGGGGGAAGUGAGCUGUCGCCCGUCCACCCACCCAGCCGGCCGGCCUCUCCUCCGCAUCGCCGCCCCCUGCUCGGACCCCAGUAACGCACCCCGCAGCCAUGGCCACCUCCGCAAGUUCCCACCUGAGCAAAGCUAUAAAGCAGAUGUACAUGAAGCUGCCUCAGGGUGAAAAGGUGCAAGCUAUGUACAUCUGGAUUGAUGGGACUGGGGAGCACCUGCGCUGUAAAACCCGGACACUGGACCAAGAGCCCAAGAGCAUUGAAGAUCUGCCUGAGUGGAACUUUGAUGGCUCGAGCACCUUCCAGUCUGAGGGUUCAAACAGUGACAUGUACCUUCUCCCUGCUGCCAUGUUCCGGGACCCUUUCCGCAAGGACCCCAACAAGCUGGUUCUUUGUGAGGUCUUAAAAUACAACCGCAAGUCAGCAGAGACAAACCUAAGGCACACCUGUAAACGGAUUAUGGAUAUGGUGUCUAACCAGAUCCCCUGGUUUGGAAUGGAGCAGGAAUACACUCUUCUUGGGACAGAUGGACAUCCAUUUGGCUGGCCUUCCAAUGGCUUCCCUGGGCCCCAGGGUCCAUAUUACUGCGGCGUAGGAGCAGACAAAGCCUAUGGCAGAGACAUUGUGGAAGCGCAUUAUCGUGCAUGUCUCUAUGCUGGUGUUAAAAUUGGAGGAACAAAUGCAGAAGUGAUGCCCGCACAGUGGGAAUUCCAGGUGGGCCCAUGCGAAGGGAUUGAGAUGGGGGAUCACCUCUGGAUUGCACGCUUCAUCCUACAUCGGGUGUGUGAAGACUUUGGGGUAAUCGUGUCCUUCGAUCCCAAACCCAUCUCUGGGAAUUGGAAUGGAGCCGGUUGCCACACCAACUUCAGCACCAAAUCCAUGAGGGAGGAAGGAGGCCUCAAGCAUAUAGAAGAGGCCAUUGAGAAGCUCGGCAAGCGGCACCAGUACCACAUCCGUGCUUACGACCCAAAAGGGGGGCUGGACAACGCCAGGCGCCUGACUGGCUUCCACGAGACAUCCAGCAUCCAUGAAUUCUCUGCUGGCGUGGCCAACCGUGGGGCCAGUAUACGUAUCCCCAGAAACGUGGGCCAAGAAAAGAGAGGCUACUUCGAGGACCGCCGUCCCUCUGCCAACUGCGACCCUUAUGCUGUGACAGAGGCACUAAUCCGUACGUGUCUUCUCAGCGAGACCGGGGAUGAGCCCUUUGAGUACAAGAACUAAGUGAACUGCCCCCUGACAGACACCGCCUACCCCCCAAACGUCCCUUCUAGAUGUAAUUCUGAGGGCACAAGUUACCACUUUCUUUGUGUCCCAGUAACUCGUGUUGUGUUGGGGGGGGAGGGAGCAUUUAGUUCUUGUCGAUGUCUCUUUAUUGUUGAUGCUUGAGAGGAGGAGUGUGCUUUAGAGAAGAAUUUUAACCACUGUUUUGUCUAAUUCAUCUGUAUGUCUGACAGGACCCAGUGGCUUCCAUGGACACAGGGUGAUAGGCUGAAGGAAGGUGAAUGGACAAGAGGCUGUAAUGGGUUUUGCCCAAGAGAGUAACUCCCAUGAUAACAUACAUAACUAAGCUCUCCAUAGACCAAUUGCCCUCGGAUUAGGGUUAUUAGGGGAGAAAGGAGUAAAGCAGCUAUGAUAGAUUCUCACCCCUUUGCACACUUACAUGUGGUGGGAAAUUUCCUUUCUCUGGCUUUGAUAAGACUUUUGGGCGUCUUCUUGCGUUCUACUGUCACAGCUAAAUGUGGGAGCUGGUAGCAAAAUUCCUCCCUGCUCUGUCAUUGGAAGCCACUCUAUCUCCUGUGUAUAACACAGAGUGAGUAGUAUUUUUUUAUAUUUAAAUGUAAAAACAAAAGCUAUAUAUAUAAAUUUUUUUUUUAAAAAAAAAAGACGUUCCAAUAACUCAGCCAGCUAGAGCAGGCAGGGUUCCUGAAGGUACUGUUGGAGGUGAAACUCCAGCAUGGGCUAGAGCAGAGGGUAGAAUGGGGGGCAGGGUGUCCAGGGGGGGAGAGUUUGAAGUGUGGCUUUGCCAUUCCUGGCAGGACAUCGUUUCAGCACUUGGAAGCUAGCGGUAACUAUCGUAAAUUAAACUCAAGCUGAUGUGAGCGCGUAGCGUGGCUGAAACACAAGGAGGAUGUUCUAAAUUAUGAGUUGGCUGGUCAACUUAAUUGUGUUAGCAAUGGGGUCAUGAGUGUUUUAUUUUCCAGUGGGAUUAGCAUAUCACUAAAGCAGAGCUUUUGAUAAAAAGAAACAAGUUUUAGAUUUUAAUAAUGUUUUAGGGUUUCUAAAGUUGUACAGUUUACAGAGACCAUUAGUGUUAACUGUUGGUAUGUCCUGGCACACAAACUGCCUGCCACCUAGCCAGGACUACUCUAAGGAAGGGGCUCUGUUCCCCUGCUGUCCCCAGGCUGCCCCUAAGUUCUCUCAGGGGAAUGCCUAGUGGGUUCAAAUGUUCCAGGAUUUUGGAUGGUGCCAAUAUAUGCCGUUGCAUUUGGACUUACGAAUAGUUUCUUUUAUAAUAACAAAAAACCUUAAUUCUGA